CAGUAGGGUUUUUUAUACAAACAUCACAAAGACACAAACCAUGGUGUUUUGGUUCCAAAGAGGAAUGGCAUUUUUGCCAAUCUUUUUAGUAGUUUGGACUUACCUUACAUUUAUGACAUCAUAUAUAAUUGCAGUCUCCAGGGGUGAUGUAGACCCAGGAUUCCCAUAUAUUUCGGACACUGGGGCUCGUCGCCCAGAAAGUUCAAUUUUUGGACAAAUGUUAAACAUCUCAGCUGUGGCAGCUUUAGCAUGCUUGUACAUUCGCUACAAACAAGUGGAUGGAUAUUUAGAAAAACUUGAAAUGACAAAGUUCAACAUUGUGAAUCGACUUAAUAAAAUCGGGAUGUUUUUUUCUGUGUUGAUUUGCUUAGGCAUAUCUUUGGUUGCAAACUUUCAGGAAACAAGCGUACUGUAUGUUCAUCUUGUUGGCGCAAUGCUUGCGUUUGGAUUGGGCACAUUAUAUGAGUUUCUUCAAACAUAUAUUACUUACAAAAUGCAUCCAGAGGUUAAUGGAAGGCGUAUAUUUCAUGCGAGACUGGCAGUGUGCGUUGUCAGUUUAAUGGCAUUUGUAGGAGGUUUUAUAGCAACAUCAUGCACAACCGCUGUUAAUAAAGCUGGAGAUAUAAAGUUUCACUGGAAGCCUGGACAACCAGGCUACAGUGCUCAUUUGGCAAGCACCAUACUUGAGUGGGUGUUGGCUGGUUCAUUUCUUGCUUAUUUUUUCACAUUCAUUCGAGACUUCCAGCAAAUAACAAUUGGAACAAAUACUGAACUACACCAUGAGACAUUAUACCAUGAUGGGGUGGAACAGCUGCAUGAUGAAAGAGAAGAUGGAGACAUUGUGGCAUAAUUCCUUGUGUUUUGCAGUCUUCCGUCAUUCCAUGCCACGAGAAUCACAUUUUUAUACAUGCUAGUGUUAUUUUAUCACCCAAUGCAAUCAAUGUAUUUUUAAUUCAUCUUUCGCGAUUUCAUGUUUUAGCAAGACUUUCUCUUCUUAUGUUAUUUCAGGAUAAGAAAACAAAUUGUUAAUCAGUAGUAUUUCUAUUUCCUAUAUUGCUAUAAAAGCAUGUAGGCAGUUUGUUUCAUAAACCUAUUGGGAUGUAGAAGUUUCAAACCUAUUGGGAUGUAGAAGUUACAAUAUUCUUUUGAAAAAGCUAACUACCUCAUUAAAUGUAAAGGGCAGUUUU